AUGGCGGAACAUCUGAACGAGAAACAACACACUCCGCAGGGAGAUGGCGAGGCUCUACAGAAUGGGACACAUGAGAAAUCCGAGUCGAAUACAGUGGCUCCCCAUCCAGCGGCCGCCGAAAACGUUGUUACCCGAGAUGGCGUCCGCCUGCAUCCUCAGCCGACCAGUGACCCCUUGGAUCCUUUGAACUGGUCGAGUUUCCAGAAGCACACGAUCCUUGCUGUUGUCAUGUUCAAGUACUUCAUGUUUACCUACAUCACCACCACGACAGUGGCCAGUUUCCCUAAUUUGCAAGAUCAAUACGGCAUCAGCUAUUCGCAGGUCAACUGGACCGUGGCCAUUCCAGCCUUAGGUCUAGCCGUGGGACCUCUGAUAUUCUCCUCGUUAGCCGACAUCUUUGGCCGACGAAUCAUCUUCAUCUUCGGCACUCUCAUGGCAUUCGGUGCAACUGUCGGCGCAGCAAAAGCGCCCAACUACGGCGGGUACAUGGCCGCGCGGUUUUUCCAGGGCUUCGGCGUGUCCCCAGCCUCGACGGUAGGCCUGGCGGCCAUCAACGACAUGUUCUACGAACAUCAGCGCGGCCAGAAGAUUGGACUCUGGGUACUCGCCAUCGACAGCGGUUUGCUGGUCGGACCGAUCUUCGGCGGCUUCAUGAACAUUGUGUCUGCCGCCUGGGUGCAAUGGCUUACCGCCAUCUUCUUCGCCGUCCUUCUGGUCCUAGAGAUUCUCUUCAUGCCGGAGACUCUGUACCCGCGGAACAAAAUGCUGGCUCAACUGCCUCUGGCCACAGCGGCCGACGAGCCCGCCAUCGAUAUCGAAAAGGUGGGCCGCCGUCGCAGCGACGCUGGAGCGGUCAGUCUCGCGCGCACUAAGAAGCUGGCAUACAUCAACGUCAAGCCCGUGCCGGGCAUGCGCCAUCCGGCAGUCUACGACGCGGUGCUGCGCUUCAUCAUGACCUGGAAGUUCCUCGCAGUCACGAUUUCCGUCUUUGUUUACUGCUUCGCGUGGUACUGGUGGAUCCUGAGUGUUAUCACCAUGCUGCCCGCCGCCUAUCCGGACUACAAGCCACAGAUCCAGGGCCUGCUGUUCAUCGGCUUGUUACUGGGCACGUUGUUCGCAGAAGUGUUCCUGGGCGGCAGUCUCAGCGAUUGGGUCUGCUCACGCCUCGCAAAGCGCAAUGGCGGCACCCGUCUCCCUGAGAUGCGCCUCUGGCUCAUCUAUCCUGCCGGCUUGUUGAGCGCAAUCGGCCUUAUCGUCUGGGGCAUCAGCAUCGACAAAGGGUACCACUGGAUGGUCGGGCAGGUUGCGUUAUUCCUCUUCGCUGCUGGCAUCCAGAUGGGCAACACGGUGGUGUGCGCUUAUAUUGUCGACUGCUAUCCGCUCCAGAGCAUGAGCAUAAUCACCUUCUAUGCCGUGCUGCUCAAUUUGUCCGCCUUUAUUGAUCCGUUCUUCAUCGCCCCCUGGCAGACAGACUCGGGCUGGACAUGGUGUUUUGCGGCUCAAGGUAUCAUUGUCUUCUUCGGCGCCAUGCCCGUCUUCGCUCUGCUGCACAAAUUCGGGCCGUCUUUACGCGAAAAGACAGGCACGCCGUCUUGGGUCAAUCCCGAAUUCGACAUGUCAACAUGA